UGUUCAAAAAUCAAAAUGUCACAACAGCUGCAUUAAUAAUGCUUUUGUGGUUACGGUUGUGACUUUUGUUAACAAUUUACAAAUAAUAAAGACUUUACACGAUACAAUUUACACUACUAAACAAUACCUGUUUAAUGUUAUAGUUAAUAAUUAUUAAUUAUGUGUUUCUCAUUUCAAAAUAAUAUUCUUUAAAAAUCAAUUUAGCAAAUAGCAUCUAGAAUCUAGAUGAUAGUGACUGUGAUAGUGAUAAGUUUCAGUUAGGUCUGCCUGAAUCAUAGGAAAAGAGUACAGUAACAAUACUGAAGACUGAACUUUACCUUUAUUUUGAAUCAAAAAUCAAAAUGUCAAAACUUUGUGUAUUAGGUUGCUCCCGAGAAGAACGUAAAAAGCUUCAUGUUUUUCCAAAUCCUGAUAAAUAUCCAGACAAGUUUAAGACUUGGACUGAAAUAGUGAAUAAACAUACUAGUACUGUUUUAAAUCGAGAUUACCGAAAAUUAAGGAUAUGUGAUAGACAUUUUACUGAAGCGGAUAAAAAUCGAAAUAACCGGCUUAGUCAUUCUGCAGUACCUUCUUUGUUUUUGCCCACCAGUUGCCCUUCCACACAGUUGCCGAAUGAAAGCCUUGAAGAUCCAAAAAUAUUGGACAAUGAAAAAAUUGAACAAAUAACAAAUUCUGAUGAAACACCAAAGAGUAGCAUGAUAGUGGAACAUGAUUAUUGUUUUUCUACAAAACAAGAUCUUGUAUUGCAAAAAACCACAAAAACACCUUCAAUCAUUACACCUACAUUUAAAAAGAAAAUCUAUCAAACAACACUGAAAAAUCUUCGUCGAGAAGUACAUCGGCUAAGGAAGGAAAACUAUACACUAAUGUUACGUUUAAAAAACGCUGAAGAGUUAUUAUAUACAUAUAAAGAGGAUAAAGGAGUUCAAACCAUAAAUGAUACGAGUGAGUUAGAUCACAUGAAACCCCUGAAGAAAAAACAUUGUUUUAUUAUGACAGAGGAAGGAGUUUUACAUUCAGUGCCUCACUAUGCUUGAAACAAAACUAUGGACAAAGACUUGUUUGAUUGAAAAACUAUGUGUUUAAAAUAUUAUAAAAUAAAAACUAUAUAAGUACAA